AUGGGUUUUAUUGGUGGGAGUGAGGAAGUUAAAAAGGCAAUUUUAUAUGGUUUGCACAGUAAUGUAACUCAGCUUGUUAAGCUUUUACAAACGUCUUGCGGAGAUAAGGGGUGUUGUAAGGAUGAAAAAAUUAAGCUUAAUGAAGUCAAUGAAAGCCUUAAAAAUCACCUUAAUGAGGAACAAAAUGCCUCUAAAAAUCUUACUGAAAUCCUUUCUGAGUGCAAUUUGAAGGAUCUUGGUGGUCCCUUAAAACAGCUUAAUGAUGAAAUUCCUAAAAAAAUUGAGAAGCUUACUAGGCAAAUUGAAAAGCUUAAAAAAGCUGAUAAAGAUGAUAAUAAUAGUAAAAAUGCUUCUAAAAUUGACACACUUAAUAAGGAUCUUCAGUCUCAUAAGGCUUCCAAGAGGUCUCUUGAGACACUGGAUGGGCUUUGUGGAUUUGCUGGGAAAGUUAAUUCAUCACCAAGUGGAGAAUGUAAAAACAUUUUAAACAAUUUGUGUGAUGGUCUCCAAACGUUUUUGGGGUACAAUGAACAUUCCAAAGGCUACGAUGGCUCCGGCAUCGUGUACUCCGACCUUGACAGGCUCUGCGACGGGGUGAUGUCUUUCCUUCAUGGUGUUCUUCAGACUGUAAAAAACGACAGUAAUCUUAACAAAUAUGCUAAUACGCUUGAAAAGUCUGUUAAUGAGCUCAAAACUGCUCAAGGAAAAUCUGGGCUAAAAGGCGUUCUUGGCCGCGUGACUUCCGGCAUUGGGAAUUAUGUUCACGAGUUUGAGAAAGACAGUGAGGCGUUUAAAAGUGCUUUAAAUACUCUUGAUAGCAAUCAUAUUAAGACCUAUAGUAAAGCGCUUGAGUCUCUCAAUUCUGCUGUAACAGAUCAAAAUGAUGAACUUGUAAAGCAGUUGAAUCAGUGUAAUCAGGCAGCCGGACAGUUCACUGCGCAGUUAAGUGUGGUUGAAGAUAAUUUUAAGAGGCUUGACGAGAACCUAAAAAAUAGGUUAAAAGAUGAUUAUAACACAAUCAAACUCGAGGUGACAAGAUUUGCCGCCUUGGCCGGAAAUGGUGUUUUGCUAGAGGUGCUUGAGGAUGUGGAUAAAAAAGCUGAGGAAUUGGGGAAGUUGAAAGGGCAGCAUGAAAAGGAGCAUCAAAAGCUUGUUACCGAGAAAGUUGCGCAGUUGAAGAGAGAGAUACAGCAGGAAAUUGAUAGGAUCAUUAAAGAUGUGUCUAGCAUCGAGAGUGAUCUGCAAAAGUGGAUCGCACAGGCUGAGAGUUUUGUGAAGGAGGCAGAACGUAAGGCUAAUUUAAUUCUGCCGGAAGUUGAUGACACGCAGGGUAAAGAGGCUAUAACCAAAAAUGCCAGGGCAUUGCAGGAUAAGGCAGAAAAACUUUUAACAGCUCUGCAGGAAACCCAUGGGAAGGUUACUAAGCUGCCACAGGAAAUUAAUGAGAAUCUAAAUAAAUUGGAAAAGGUUUAUACGGAAAAGAUUAGAGAGGUUGCUACAGGCGUGCACAGGAAGGUGACUGCUGCGCUGCAAAAGCUUGGGGGGUUGGAUAAGCAGGUGAGGAAGGGGUUGUGGAAUUUGGGAGGAACGAUGGAUGUGCCGAUUCGUGAUGUUAUUAGUAAGCUACAGGGAGGAGUCACACAAGCGGCCGCGCUGCAAAUAAAUGCUGGAAGUGGGGAAACCAUGGCCUCCAAUUUCCAGAAAGGUCUGACAAAGGGCGAUGUCCCUAAGUUGUGGGAUUGGGCUUCGGCGGCGAAAGAUGAUAGCGCUUUUAUAGGUGCGCUAGCAGAAUUAGGCCACACUGCGAAGACAUGCGGCAAUCAUAACAUACACCCCGACCACAGUUUCCAAACAUUCAAAAGCUUACUCAGCAAACUGGAUGUGAAGAAUAAUUCAGGUCACACGCUCUUCUCCGCCCUCAUCGAAGACCUCACAAACAAAGUUAAGGAUGCACUGCAUAAUACAAAGGACGAUGGGGCGUUUAGAAAUUCUUUUGAUGAAUUCAACAAGCAUACUAUUAAGGGCGGUCCGGAUACGCUUAGGAAGGAUAUCGAUAAUAUUAAAAUAGAUGGCGAUGGGAUUACUCUCAUGAGUGGUAAUGGCAGUUACACCGUGGAUGCUGAUAACUUCAGGGGCUACAAAGAAAGCGGUGAUAGAGGCCCUAAAGCUCUGCUUAAAAAAUAUAUCGGUGUAAUAUCCGAAGUGCUAAAGCCUUUCCAGCAAACAGCAGAAGUGGCAAGUCCGUCUGACCUUGAGAAAAAUAAGGAACCGGUCAACAAGGCGCUCGCUCAAAUUACGUUGAAGCUCAAAGAGCUUACAGCGCAUUUGAAGGACGAUAGCAGAGAUCGGAAACGAAAAGGCAUCAUCCCACUUUUGAAGGAAUUGCAAAAGCAUAUUGGUGAAAGGAAUGCUGACGGUCUAAAGGCUAUAAAGGAAAGGAUUAAGAAACUUCAUACGUCCGAGUUGGUUCAACUGCAAUCCUCAGCCGUACAAAAACUUCAAGCCGCCCAAGAGACAGCCCACGAGGUCAUCGGCGUUGUCCACGACCUUUACCAGGAACAGAUCAAAUUGGCCGUCACAGCAAUCAGGACGGCAGCCAGAGAUCAAUACAAUGCUACGGUUCACAAGGCAUUACAAGCGUUGACACAGCUCUACGAAAAGCAUAAAAAGCUUAUUGAAGAUGCAAUCAAAACGGACGAAGCAUCCGGAAUUAAGGGCCUGAUGAAGGAAAUUAAUGAUAAUAAGACAUUGCUGGAGACCCUUAAAACACAAGCAGAAUUAAAAACGGCAACGCCUCAGUUGCGAAUAUUUGCUGACCUCAUACUAGAUUACAUUCAUCGUCAAGUUAUGACUCCAUCAGAAUCAUCCAAAACGUCCACACCCGUGUCCCAUCCCACUGAAAAUCUACAAUCCCGGCAGAUUAGUCUUAUCAAGUCUAAGCUUGGCACUUUACUCGACGACCUGUCGAGUUCACAUCACUUUGAUCACAUAUUUAGUAAUAAUUUACAGUUACUCAUAGAAUCUUUAAGCGGCCUAAGCUCCACAAGCUUCGGCGAGGGUGUCCACCCCGAGUUGCUUAAUGUUGUAGUAAAUAGUGUCACCGGGUUAAAUAAGCACCUUAGCUGCGCUUAUGUGAACACAUACUCCGGCCGACGAUUUACGGAAAACCUUGUGGACGCUGCUUACUUAGUGACUGACGUUAAAAACGGCGAGACGAUUAUUACGUUGAACGAAUAUGGUGAAAAAUUAUCCAAGGUCUGUCUCACUUUGCUGACAAUCUUACAGAGCGAUCUAAAUAAACUAAGUGAUGACUGUAACGGAAAUUACGCAGGACGCAAAAUAUAUGCGUAUACCGAUACAAAGGAGAAUCCACUCGGCGCUUUGUUCAAUACGAUCGGUUACAAAGUGGCGAGUAAAACAGGUGACCGGGAUGGCGAACUGCGCAACAGAGACGAAAUGAGAGGGCGCAAUAUUGUAACCCUGCUUAAACAAAAUGAUUAUCUGGUCAGCAAAAAAGCAACUGCGCUGUCUACGUUAUUUAACCACCUAUCUUCUUACUACACUGUCUGCCACCAUUCCACAUUCUCUGCAACCAGAUCAUCGUCUAGCAUUUUCGAAAUUCUAUCGUGGCUUAGCGGAUUCCCGUAUAAUCAUAUGUAUGCCAAACUUAGGCAACACGUUAAUGCGCUCUUCUUGGUGCCCGAUAAAUCCAAUCCUUCCACUAAAAUAUCACAGGCCAUUGACGCAUAUCCAGUAGCAUUCUACUCCACUGAUAUCCAUUCGGCACUAGACGAUGUUUGUUCCCGGUCCCAUUCAGUGCUCACUGCCAUCCUCGGCAACGGCCAUGCAGACGGUGUAUAUGCCUGUGAUUAUUCUAACAACUAUCUCAACUUGCGUUAUCCUAAUAAUCCUGGCCAGUGCUUUGACCUGCUGGUAGAGUUGUCGUGCAGACUUUAUCACCAACUUAUGUUCCUAUUUAGGCAGUGUCACAAUGGCCGUCUUAGUGGUGGCUGGCGUGACUGUCAUUACGGGAAAGGAAUAGCUGGGUCAUCAUGGAACUGUAAUAAGUUCCAGUGUCCCAACCAAGACUGUGUCCAAAAGCAUAACCAAAGUACUAACCAAAGUGCUAACCAAAACACUAAGCAACGCUGUGAUCAACAUUACGACUGCGGCCUUAAAUCACCGCUCCAAUCCUUUUUAGAAGACGGUUUAGUUGGCUUUUUGCCUCAUGCAUAUAACAAACCUAAUUGUAACUUAACUUGUUCGUUUGGUAACCAUCGUGGCCUUCCAUGUAUCACCCCUAUGGGUUUCACUGAUAUUACCCAUAAGGCAUCGCGUAGGCAGAGAGGUGAGGACCUCGAAGAGGUUCUCGCCAAAUUUUGCAGCGAUAAGAAUUCAGCACUCAGCAAACUAUGCGCUUAUAUUACAUGUCUCGUGAAUAGGCCUCCACAAAAUCUGGGUGAUCUUUUUAGUUUUUUCCAGGGUUACCUAGAAAAUUGGAGAGGCAAUUUUUACGGAGUCAGACAGUUGCACCCGCAUACACAGGAAGCUUUUAAUGAUGCGGUUAGAGAUGCACAUUUCGGUAAUACAUAUGCAGAACUGGACCCAAGUUUCUUGUUUAAUAGAACCGAUCACGUCGAGAGCCACACGAAAGGUGAUUUGUUGUGCAUAACAACAUGUAAAUCUGAAUUUGUUGAUACAUGUGGGCUGUACCUGGAGCCGCUGGCGAAAAACAUUUAUAGCGUUUUCUCUUCCUCACACCAGCGUAAUCACCUCUCCUGGAUCGUUUACCUCACCGAAAAAUUUUACGAUCUUCUUAAGAAAUUAUAUGACGAUUGCAAUAAUAAAUGUGGAAAGAAAGAAAGUAGAUGCCGCGGCAAUACCUGUGUAAAAGGGUGUCCCACCGGUUCCACGUCAAAUAACUCCAGCACCCAUAAAACUGAAUGCGGCUCAAUUGUUAAGUGUCGCCAUACCCUUCCUACACUAUUUAAAUACGGCUUCACGUUCGGAAGCUCAUAUGAUUUAAGUGGUAUGGGGAGACAUCCACAUCAGAAGCGUACAUGUAAGAAUCUCUGUGAUGCACUAUCUAAAGUAAUUGACAAAGGAUGUGCGUUGCUUGAACUACGUAAACAGAUUGACAAUUACAUCUGGAAGAUAAGAGAGAAUUUCUCCAUCACUUUGUUAGCCCUCUGGUCGCUGUCGCUCCUGUACCUGCUGCACAUCGCCGUCGUCCGCCUCGACGUCCUGAGGAUACGCUCACACCUGAGAUCGCCCUCAAGCCACCGCAUCGCCGCACAGUCCCUCCUCGCCGCCGCACGCGUCAAGGCACUCGCCAACGAUGCCAGGGGGAAAGCCUUGGGGGAUAUUGAUGCCCGCCGUAUCUCUCUUGGUACGCUUGCUGGACAACUUAUGGGUUUUAUUGGUGGGACUGUAGAAGUUAAAAAUGCUAUUAUAAAGGGUUUGCAAAGUAAUGUAAAUCAGCUUGAAAAGCUUUUACAAACAUCUUGCGGAGGUGAGGGGUGUAAUUGUAAUAUUAUGAAUUUCCGUGAUGGACCUCUCAAAAAUCUUCAAAAUAAAUUUAAUGAAGUUGAUAAAAUUGAGAGACAAAUUGAUGGCCUUAAUAAAGAAAUUGCUGAAAAAAGUGAGGCGUCCUUAAGGACGCCGUCCGGCGGUGAUACUGAGAUUAAGGAGCUUGAAGAGCAAAUAAAGCAAAAUGAAGAGAAACUUAAACAGCAAAAAAGUCUUGUUGAUAAGCAUAUUGAAGAGCUUAAAAGUGCUUUAAAUACUCCUAAAAUCAAAAUUGAUGAAUACAUUAAGAAGCUUAAUGAGAAAAUUGCUGACAUCAAUAAGAAAAUUGAAGCGCAUAAAAAGGAAGAAAAGAAGAAAAAUAGUCUUAUUAAAGAUGCAGAUAUCUCCAUUCCCUCCCAUCUUUCUCAUCCUCUUGCAACCGAGCAGGCUAAAUUGAAGUCUCAUAAGACUUCGUUGGGGUCUCUUGAAAGUCUUGAAAAGCUUAUUACAUUUCAUGAGGAAGUUAGUAAAAAUCCUAAAACUGAAGAAUGUAAAAACAUUUUAACAAAUUUGUGCUCUGGCUUGGAGAAGUUCCUUGGAUACCAAGAAACUUCCAAAGGCUACUCGGGUGAUGGCAUCGUGUACUCGGACCUUGACAGGCUCUGCGACGGGGUGAUGUCUUUCCUUCAUGGUGUUUUAAAUGAUGUUUAUAAAAAUAAUAACCUUUCGCCUUAUAAAGAAAAAUUAGAUAAAGCUGUAAGAGAUUUAGAAACUCAUCGUUAUAAUGGCAAAACAGGUUUGCAUACUGUGAUUGACCAUGUCAAGGAGGGGAUUGCGGGGUGGUUGGAAGCUGUCCAGCUGUCUAACAAAAACAUCACUGGGCAGUUGGAGAAAUUUAUUGAUAAAGAUGAGAACAGCGUUACAACAGUAAUGGAGCACAUUGUGAAUUUUACAGGUGCGGAAUAUGAUUCCGUGUUAUCCACUCUGGAUUCGUGGACUGUGUCUGUUGGUAAGUUGAAAAAACAUCCCAGUGAGUGCUUUAAAAACAUCCAAGAAAUAGAUGGGAACCUAAAAGAACAAUUGAAGCCACAUGUCGACGUAAUUGAUACAGCCGUUGAUGCAUUUGUGGAUUCAGCUCUAACAAGUAAAUUUGGCCUUGUUAAGGUGUGUGAGAGGGUGGAUGAGGAGUUUGGGGAGUUGGAUAAAAAAGUGGAGGAUGGGUUGGGGGAAGAAAAGGGGCUUAGGGGUAAGCUAAAAAGUGAAGUUGCGAAAAUUAAGAAUAAUAUUGAUCGUGAAUAUAAGAAGGAUUUGGAGAGGUCGAUUGAUUUAGCUAAAAGAAAUCUUAAAAGGCUGUUAAGUGACGAAUCUAGCUUAAAAGGCCUAGAUACUAAAUUGAAGCCCAAUGUAGACACAGCGUUCAAUGAUAUUAAGCUGGAAGUUACAAGCGUUCAUAGGAAUCUAGACGACAAGAAAAAGGUAAUUGACGGGUUGGUCAGCAAUGUUGGAAGAUACAUUUCGUAUAUUAAAAAAGUGGUUGGUGAGGAAGACGAACAGGGUAGUAUAACAAUCUAUUGGACUCUAGUUAGAGAUGAGAUCACGAGGGUUAUUGGACACAUUGUUGGCAGUGGAAGCAAAAAAUCAGGCCUGAGAGGUAUUAAGGAAAAAGUUAAGGAAUAUGCGGAGAGGUUUACUAAGGUGAAGAGUGAGAGGGAUGAUGGUCCGAAUAAUUUUGAAAAUAUAUUAGAUGGGUGGGUUGAUGAUAUUUUGGUGAGCCAGCCUAUCAGAGGAUGGAUUGAACAGUGGGUGAAAUUUAACAAGGGUCACUUUAAGGGCAAUUUGAGUGAAGAAGGCAAAGAUAAGGAUAGGCGAGUCGCAGUGAGAACCGCAAUUAUAUCGUCGAUUAAAGCAAAACUUCACGAAGAAAUCAUGAGGGCUGGUGAGAAGGUUGAGCAAGGCAAAGCUAAGGAGGCAGACUCAGACAGCAUCACGAAGAAUGUCAAUGCUGUUAGAGAUGGAUGUGAGACAUUUGCCACCGAACUGGGGGAAAAGAUAAAUGAAAAAGGCAACGAUAUUCUCAGUGCGAUUAGGGAUGAAUUGGUGGAUCCAAAGAAACAACCGAAGCCGAAGGCACCCCUGCGUCCUUACAACGAUCAUUGGUUGACACUCUCCCUACAUGCCGUACUCCCUUCCAUAGUUGCCAAAGCUGGGCAAGUAGCCGUUGACCUUAUCUCGUUCACGUCCACAGAUGAGAACCCCUCUAAAGGCAUCAAGCAAUAUAAGCUUGGCAAAAAUAUUUAUGACGCUAUUAAGAAUGCCGAAUCUAUUUACACAACUCUCACCGGUUAUAGCACAACAAUUGACAAUGCGUUGCAAACAUUAAAGGAUCAAAUUGAGGAACUUGAUAGAAUAUCGCAGCCCAGUGGUGCACUUAAGUCCAAAGUCGAGGCACUCAGUGAAGAUAUCAAGAAACUUGAAACACUAAAAAAUGGAGCAAGUGAUAAAGGCACCAUUGAAACCCAAAAGGAAAACGUCACCAAGGAAUUGGCCCAGUUAAAACAAAAAAUCGAAGCCGACAUCCAAUCGGUAAUCGCCACCCUGAACACAGCCCAAUCCCAACUGACCAAAUUACUCAACGAAAUUGAAAAAGCACUCACCGAAUUCCAAACCGCAUUCCUCGCCGCCAUCCAAGCAUUCCAAUCCGCCUACAAACAACAAUCCACAAAAUCCAAAAAUGCAAUAAAACAGGAAGCCCUCUCCCAGUUCGCCCAGUCCAAGGCCCACGCGCUCGAGCAGCUCAAGGCGCUGGUCACCGAGAAAAACAAGGAGAUUGCUGCGAUCAUCCAAGACGAUUCCAACAGCGGGCUGAAGGGGAUGAUGAAAGCAAUGUACGGCGGUGAACUGAAUCUUCGUGUUACUGUGAAUAGUCAAGUGUACACAAAAAGUAAUCUGCUUGAGGAACUAAAAAGUGCUGUAACUGCAAAGCCGGUUAAAGAUCAGACUCCUAAAAAAGUCUCAGACCUUUGCACCGCUGUCGACGCAUAUUUGCGUGAAAUCUUAGCGUAUGUCGGAAUGGACAUAAAAACACAAUUCGAGUCUGAAGAUGCGUCUAUGAACGCGUAUCACACUAAGCUGCAGAACGUAUUCAACGCUUUUGAUGGAUUAUUUUCUCACAUCACUAAACAUAAUUACGAUGCUGAAUUUCUCGAAUUGCUCAAAACGUUCAGGGAGUCCCUUGACGUAUUACAUCCUAGGGAGUUCCGUGCUCCGACGUAUCCCGUCUUGGAUGCUCUAAAAAGUGGGCUAACAAAAUUAUCAGAGAAAUUAGAUGAAGCCUACGUGAAUAAGUAUUCAGGUGCGCGGGAAAUCACGUGGCAGAAUUCUAAUUCCGAACCUACGGACAAAGCUAAGAAAUGCGCCAAAAUAUGCUUGACAGUAUUUAAUGACCUUUUCCGAGAAGCGCAAUACCUGUUCUACCACAGCACUACGAAGUGGAAGGACUAUACAGUCGGAGGGAACGACAGCCAAAGUAAGGAUAAAUUGAGAAAAUAUUUUGAGGAUCAAGGUUACCAAAUCUACCACCUUGACAAAAAUAAAACAGGCAACGCAGUUGCCGUCAAAUUGAGUAAAGGACUUGGCAGCCAAGAUGAAUUCAGAAAACCUGCGAACGCAAAUAUAACUUUCUAUGCGUAUAUGAACUCCGCUACGAACCCUGAAAAUCCCGGAACCCUCCAGAAACUCUACAAAUACAUCAAUCAAUAUAAUCGAAUGUGUCACCUAAUAUAUCUCCCUAAGCCUAGAUAUCCGUGCAAUGUAUUCCAGAUGCUGGCAUGGGUUGCUGGGCUCAAACAUAAUGCCGUGUUUACGGAACUUACUAGAUAUUUGCCAACACUUCACGAGGCUGGAAAUGAUCAUCACUUUGAUCUUGCCUUUAAAAACGUAGUCAUGUAUCACAUUCAUAAUAUUUCCGAAUAUUCACGUAAUCUCAUCACAGCCAUCCUAGGCACCGGUUCCGCCGAAACCAUGUAUGCUUGCGAUAUCUCCAACAAUUCUAUGAAACUCCAUUAUCCAAAAUCCGGUGGAGAUUGUUUACAUACCUUGCUCGACCUCUUACGUAGACUAUUGCCACCCCUAAGAUACCUGCGUAUGCAGUGUAGCGUAAGCGCUCAACACAACGGUUGGCGUGACUGUGCAUACGGCAAACACGUACCAUCCGCAAACUGGCAAUGUAACGACCACUCAAACGCGAAACCAAGUGGUCAACCAAAAGGCCAACCAACGUGCCAACCAAACAGCAAACCAAAGUGUGAACCUAGGUGCCGACCAACUUCACCGUUAAUGUCCUACCUGAACGAUUGUCUCCCUGGUCAUUUGCCACAUGACUUGAAGUCAGUUGGUUGCUCGUCUAAAUGUUCCACCUGUCCCAAAUCCACACCUGGAAUGCCAUGUUUAACACCACUCGGUUUCAGAGGUUUCUCUGGAAGCACGAAAACAGGUAAAGACCUAUGUAAAGUGCUAACCGAAUUCUUCGACGAUGUUGACUUUUCAGCGCUGUUGUGCGCUGUACCCAAGCCGCCAUUCACAUUGCCAGAACACUUCCAGUUUGCGUUGUCACUUGUCAAUGAGUGGCAUGAUCGUAAGAGCGCAAAGAAGCAUGCCGUACAAGCGGCUUUCGAAAAGUCCAUUGAACGCGUGUCCAUCGCAUUAGUCGACGAGCCCGAUGUUCUUACUAGCGCCCUAACGAAGGCAUAUGGUUCCACGUAUCCAAGGCAUGGUAAAUGUGAACAUGCCCACGUUAGGAAUCUCACAACUGCUGAUAGCUGCAAUGAAAAAACAUCGGACAAAAUCGACUGCGCUCCCUACCUCUCAUCUCUCUCCUGCGACUCCUACAAGUACAUGGCAGAGAAGCAUUCUAAGACAUACCUCUCAUGGGCCAUAUACCUCCCAUGGACAUUCUGGGAUUUACUCAACAAUUUAUAUAACGCUUUCUGUGGAAUCACUUGUGCAGAUUGGGGAUGCCGUGGAUGUCUCAGAGGGGACAAGUGCAAGAGCGGCAAGCAUGGUGUCGUUGAAGAUGAGAAGAAAGCAGACGCCGUUUGUCAGUGUGAAUCUAUAGUAUCCUGCAGAGGCGUGGCGCCGACGCUCUACCAGUAUGGAUUCACAUUCGGCGAGGCGUCGACGUUGAAUGGUAAGACGCCGAAGAAGUGUGAGGAUUUCUGCAGUCAACUACAUAAUGUGCUCCACUCACAGUAUUUCAAGGAUCUGUUUAGAGAGUGCGACAAUUUCCUAUGCAUUAUCAGAUGGCCAUUUAUGUCGUUAUUAUUAGCCCUCUGGUCGCUCUCGCUCCUGUACCUGCUGCACAUCGCCGUCGUCCGCCUCGACGUCCUGAGGAUACGCUCCCACCUGAGAUCACCCUCAAGCCACCGCAUCGCCGCACAGUCCCUCCUCGCCGCCGCACGCGUCAGGGCACUCGCCAACGUCAAGUACUUCUCACCAUAA